AUGGAGACUGCGGUGUUUGUGCGGAGACACGGUCUGAGCAGAGGGCGACACGGCCCGGUAAGGGCGGCUCGGAUGGAGCAGGAGGAGACCGAGGAGGAGUGCCCCCAAGCUGGCCGCCAGCAGGCUGAAGGGUCGGCCCCAGACCAGUGUGACAUGGUGGAUCUCAGCGGCAACGGUUUGGACAGGUUACCAAAGCACAUCCUUCAAAUGGCCAGCUUACAGCUUGCAGCACAGGUCCUUGAGGACGAAAGUAUUGGUUUCGGAUUGGUCGAUGCAGUGGAGGAUGAGGCUAUUGCAAAGAAACUGGGUUUGACCGAGGAAGGCAGUAUCUACGUCUUUAAGGAGGACAAUGUGAUCGAGUAUGACGGAGAGAUCGCUGCGGACACCAUUGUGGAGUUUCUCUUAGACCUUCUCGAAGACCCUGUGGAGAUGAUUGAUGAUGAAGGCGAGAUUGAAGUUUUCGAAGAUGAUGAUGAUGAGCCCAAGUUGGUCGGUUACUUCAAGAAUGAAGACUCUGAACAUUUCAAAGCUUAUGAAGAAGCAGCUAAGGUGUUCCAGCCGUAUAUCGCUUUCUUUGCGACAUUUAACAAGAGA